AUGAAGUCCUUGGCGUGCCUUCUUGCUGUUUCCGCUCUCGUGGUAAACAACGUCGCUGCGCACUACAUCUUCCAGCAGUUCUCCUCGGGCGGGACCAAAUACCCGGCGUGGGAGUGCAUUCGACGGAAUUCUAACCCGGACUGGCUCCAGAACGCACCGGUGACGGAUCUUGCCUCUCUGGAUCUGCGGUGCAAUGUUGGCGGCGAGGUUAGCAAUGGGACGGAGACAGUUACGAUGAAGGCCGGGGAUGAGUUUACGUUUACUCUUGAUACGGCGGUUUAUCAUCAGGGACCCAUCUCUCUGUACAUGUCAAAAGCGCCUGGAGCCGUGGCAGAGUACGACGGUAGCGGCCCAUGGUUCAAGAUCUUCGACUGGGGUCCGUCUGGCGGUAACUGGCCGAUGAGGAUCUCGUAUACUAGCAACAUCCCCAAGUGCAUUCCAAACGGCGAGUACCUUCUUCGAAUCCAGUCCCUCGGCAUCCAUAACCCCGGCUCCCCGCCGCAGUUCUACGUUAGCUGUGCGCAGGUCAACGUGGUAGACGGCGGUACUAAGGAGCCAUCCCCGACGGCAUUGAUUCCGGGCGCAUUCAAGGCAACCGAUCCCGGGUACACGGCGAACGUGAGUGACUCGGAUAGUUAA